AUGGAGAUUAAUCAAUUCAUACACAGAGUUUCUCGCAUUUUCCCUUCUUCUUUGACUUCAUGCCAGUACAGAACGCUAGCAGAUGCAACAGAAUCCUCCGUUAACAACCCUAAAACCAGUCAAAAUCGCCAUGAAAAUGAACUUUUUUCUUCCAAAAAGCCCCCAACAAAUGAAUUCAAGAAUCCCAAAAAAACCAUAUUUUUGGGUUCUGAUAGAAAUGGAAAAUGGUGUCCUCCUGUAACCCCGGUUUCGGGUUUGAAUUUGAAAGGUAAGGAUAAAGAAAGUUCUAAGAACUUUAUAGCCCACAGUUCUUCAUCCAACAGUGGGUGGUUUAGCGAUGAAAAAACUGAAGCUGAUGCAGAAACGAACACGUUGUUUAGCCUUUCAUCUACAGUUUCCUGCGAGUCUUUUACUGAAUCAAGCCGGAGAAUUGAUAAUGCCGUACUCACUGAUCAAUACAGCCGAAAAACCACCAAAACUAGCUGUAAAACAGUUCAAAACCCUGUUAAAUCCGCUUCAAAGGAGGAGAAAACCAGCAAAAAUAUCAGAAAAAAUGAACCGGCCAUGAAGCCUAAAAAGAUUGUCCUGGAAUUUGGUUUUGAAGUUUCCGAUAUGUCAACAGAGAUUUACUACAGUGAUUCCAGGAGAGUUCACCGGAAAACCUCCCGGAAAAUGCGAAAGACUAAUCCACGUAGAAGAUCAACGAAUUCUUUUCGACUUGUGGAGGAUUGGACUGAAGAGAGUUAUGCAAUGGAGAAAUGUUCAAAGGAUCCACACAGUGAUUUUAGAGCAUCAAUGGUGGAAAUGAUUGUGGAGAAGCAGAUAUUUGGAAGCAAUGAUCUUGAGAAGCUGUUGCACUGUUUCUUGUCAUUGAAUGAAGCUUCUUAUCAUGGAAUUAUUUUUGAUGUUUUUAAUGAGAUUUGUGAUACAUUGUUUUCUAACUGA